CCUGCAACAAAAUGCAUCGUCGUGGUGGAAAACGCAUCCGAAUGAAUGAUCCUCCAGUGGAGUAUGAGGAGCCCGAACAAAUGUACCAACAGGAGCCACUGAACGAAAGUUGGUCAUCGGGUGGCCAUGAAGAUGGUACACAUCCGGAAGAAACGGGCGAACCGUCCCGUGGCCGGAUGACACGAUUGCGGGCCCGCGGAGGUGUUCCACUGAAAGCGCCCAUCAUCGAGGAUGAUGAUGAUGAUGAUUUUUUCACCAAAGAGCAACAUCAGAAAAAAAGAAAGGCACCCCGUAAACCGCGCGAAACGGUACCGAAGGAGCAUCACGAAAAACCGCCCCGAGUGUACCGUGAACGGGAGGAACGUGAGGAACGCGUAGUCGUGACGGACCGUGAAAGUACGACCGAUGAGUCGAGCUUGUACUACAUUUUGCGUCACUCGAAGCUACCCAUCACUACGAUCGUCGAUGAUUGGAUCACACGGUACAAGCUGGACAAGGAUGCGGCACUGAUUGCUUUGAUGAAUUUCUUUGUGCACGCGAGCGGUUGCAAGGGUAAAAUUACGCCCGAAAUGCAGCAAGCCAUGGAACAUGUGGCAAUCAUUCGCAAAAUGACGGAAGAGUUUGACGAGGACAGCCACGAGUAUCCGCUGAUGAUGUCGGGCCAGCAGUGGAAGAAGUUCAAGAUGAACUUUUGUGACUUUGUGCAGACGCUCGUGAAGCAGUGCCAGUACUCCAUCAUUUACGAUCAGUUUCUGAUGGAUAAUGUAAUUUCACUGCUGACUGGACUGUCCGAUUCGCAGGUGCGAGCAUUCCGUCACACGGCAACACUGGCCGCUAUGAAGCUAAUGACGGCGUUGGUCGAUGUGGCACUGCUCGUUUCCGUGCAGUUCGAUAUGGCCGCCCGGCAGUACGACACGGAACGGACCAAACCGCGAGACAAGCGUGCUGCAGAUCGGCUCGAGUCGUUGAUGGGCCGCCGGACCGAGCUGGAAGAAAAUAUGGACGAAAUUAAGAACAUGCUGACGUACAUGUUUAAGUCCGUGUUUGUGCAUCGGUAUCGUGACACGCUGCCCGAUAUCCGGGCCAUUUGUAUGUCCGAGAUUGGCAUCUGGAUGAUGAAAUUUUCUUCCAACUUUUUGGACGAUUCGUAUCUGAAGUACAUCGGGUGGACGCUGCACGAUAAGGUUGGCGAUGUGCGGCUCAAGUGUCUGCAAGCGUUGCUGCCGCUGUACGAAAACGAGGAGCUGAAGGGAAAGUUGGAGUUGUUCACGUCCAAGUUUAAAGAUCGUAUCGUAGCGAUGACGCUGGACAAGGAAUACGAAGCGGCGGUACAUGCGGUGAAGCUCGUCAUCAAUAUUCUCAAGAGUCAUCAGGAUAUAUUGACGGAUAAGGACAGUGAAAUCGUGUACGAGUUGGUGUACUCUUCACACCGUGGAGUCGCACAAGCGGCAGCCGAAUUUCUGAACGUUCGUCUGUUCUGUCAGGAUCCGAAUGCUCCAGCUGUGUACACAAGGCGAGGCAAAUUGCGUCUACCAAAUACGCCCCUGAUACGCGAUUUGGUGCAGUUCUUCAUUGAAUCGGAACUGCACGAACAUGGCGCAUAUUUGGUCGAUUCGUUUAUCGAUUCCAAUCCGAUGUUGAAAGACUGGGAAUGCUACACGGAUCUGCUGCUCGAAGAACCGGGCCAGUUUGAAGAAAUGCUUGACAACAAACAAGAAUCGACGCUGAUCGAAAUUAUGGUCAGUGCCGUGCGUCAAUCAGCAACAGGAGAACCACCGGUGGGACGUGGCAGCAGCCGUAAGAUGACGCUUAGCGCCAAGGAAAUCAAACAGGUGCAGGAUGACAAGCAACGUCUGACGGAACACUUUAUUCAAACAUUGCCCCUGUUGCUACACAAAUACAGCGCCGACGGAGAGAAGCUUACGAAUUUGCUAGCCAUUCCACAAUAUUUUGAUAUUGAGCUGUUUACCACCACACGGCAGGAGUCAAACCUCCAGGCACUGCUGGACAAAAUGACCCACGUCAUGUCCACACACGUCGAUCGUGAAGUACUUGAGACGUGUGCAAAAACGCUCGAAUUCCUGUGCACCGAGGGAAGUGCCAUCUACACGCGUUGCGAUGUAGUGCGCUCGAAUGUGAUCGACGAAUGUGUCACACGGUACAGGGAAGCGAUCGAUGACUACCGUACGCUGAUUGCAGGCGAUGAGAUACCGAACGAGGACGAGGUGUACAAUGUGAACAUUUCGUUGAAGAAGGUCUCAACGCUGUACGCAAGUCACAAUCUGAAUCCGUGGAAUUUGUUCGACUCGCUGUAUCAAGACAUUGAGGAGCGCAUUGGUGGAAAGUCGCCCGAGACGGGCAUCCCGAAGGAUGCACUCGUGUACUGCAUUGAGGCGUGCUUUUUCUCCAUCAACUGGGGCUUGUACCAUCUCGAGACGACGCGAGAUCGUUCCCAAGUGCCACAGGAAGCGCACGAGUUGAAUCGCAAUCUGCAUAAAUAUCUAAACGCUUGCAACCAUCUGAUUCGGUACGAUCAGGAAUCCUCCGUCCAGGAGGCAGCAUUUAUGUCGAUCUGUGAUCUGUUGGUGGUGUUUUCCGACCAGCUGCAAAGCAAUGCGGACGAGAACAUACAAUCGUUGGUGUACCCACCGAACGAAGAGCAGCAGCAGUUGCUGAACGAAUUCGUACAGACGAUGGUGUUUGCGACGGAACAGGAGGAAGGGCACGAUGAAACGCGUAUCGAGGAGCUGCACAAACGGCGUAGUUUUCUGGCAGCGUACUGCAAGCUGAUUGUGUACAACAUUCUACCGAUUAAGGCGGCUGCAGACAUUUUCAAGCACUAUUUACGCCAUUACGAUGAGUAUGGAGAUAUCAUCAAAACGACGUUGGGUAAAACGCGUGAAAUUAACAAAAUUAAUUGCUCCAUGACGAUGUGCUGGAGCUUGGUAAAGAUGUUUAAAGAGCUGCAGGAAAUCCAGCAGUCAUCCGAUGGUAGAAUUUUGCGCACAUCGCAAGAAUUUCAAGAUCUGAAAGAGUUGGCGAAACGUUUCGCGCUUUCGUUUGGAUUGGAUGCGGUUAAGAAUCGAGAAGCUAUUACCGUUUUUCAUCGCGCCGGUAUUCAUUUUGCGGUGACAUCAUCAAACGAAGACCAGGACGAUCCGUCCGCUGCACCACCGUGCAUUGCGUUUCUGGAGGUGCUGUCUGAACUGACGAACAAACUGAUAAAACAGGACAAAAAGCUCAUUCUUACCUUUCUGGAUCGUCGUCUGAAGGCAGGCAUUCCUUCGAGCCGGUCCGAAGAUUGGCAACCACUGGUAACGUACAGGAACUCGCUGCUGCACGGCGAAUCGGAUCAGCUUCCCGUCACCUCGAAGCGUGCGUACACGCGCAAGAAGAAGGAUGACCAUGACGAUGAGGACGAGCACGACGAUGACGAUGAUAAUGAUUAUGUCGGUUAG